AUGACUCAUAUGACUCCGAAGACGACGAAGGCGAUCCUUUCGAAGCAGUGGACCGCCAAAGAGUAUGAGCGAGACGUAUUAGACAUGUUUCGCGGGUGCACACAUUCUCAACUGUGUCGGUUACCAGGGCUUGGUGCCCGAGGGGUAGAGGUGGCUAUGAGUUUAAGACCGUUUGAAAGCUACGAUGAUAUGUACCAGAAGUUCGAUAGCACUAAGGGCGUAACAGUCAACGCGAUUCUGAGUUGUCAAGAACUGCUGAAUGAAUUGGCGGAAGUGGAUCGGCUUAUGGCGGGUUGUGAAAAGAUCACAAAGGUCAUGCGACAGAAAAUAACCGUAAACGAAGAUACCGACCAAACAGAAACAGACAAUGCACAACCGUCGUGCUUGACGGGGACGUUGAAGUCGUAUCAGUUGGUGGGGCUUAAGUGGCUGUCGCUGAUCUACGAGAAUAAAGUGGGGGGUAUCCUAGCCGAUGAAAUGGGUCUCGGUAAGACCAUCCAAGCAAUAGCUUACUUGGCUUACGUCACCGAAAUUGAACAAGGAUUGUAUGGCGCCCAUUGCGUCAUUUGCCCCGCUUCAACGAUAGCCAAUUGGGCUCGAGAAUUCGAAAAAUGGGCGCCCAACAUGACUGUGCUCCAGUAUACUGGUCCGCAGGCCAGUAGACAGGAAAUCAGAGCCGCUGUUCGUCAAAAGAAGACCAAACACGCGGUGUUACUCACAACGUAUAACAACGUAGGCACCGCUUCAGACCGGUCAUUCCUGGCUAAGCAGAAGUUCUCUGUGAUGAUCUGCGAUGAGGGGCACAUGCUAAAGAAUAUGGGGUCGCAGAGAUACACCCAACUGCACAAGUUCAAUGCCAGACAUCGUGUGCUACUGACAGAAUCGCGGUACUCAUUGGAAUUGGAGGAAGAGACCGAAUUUGGUCCAGAAAUGGAUAUUGUCAAACGCGCGCGGAAUAUCAUGAAGCCGUUUGUACUGCGAAGGCUGAAAAAAGACGUCCUGGGGGAUUUGCCCAAGAAGACCACGCACAUUGAAUUCUGCGAAAUGGAAGCCAAUCAAAAAGAACUAUACGCCGACCUGGUCAACGAGAUCCGUGAACAGAAGGAGUCGACGGACACCAAGCAGAUCCAGAAUGUGAUGAUGCAGCUGCGCAAAAUGGCCAACCACGAGACACUCCACCGCUCACACUACGGCGACGACCUGUGCUUCAAACUGGCGCAGCGGCUGCAGAUAGAGGAUGAGUUCGAGGGGAAAAAGGUGGAGCACAUCCAAGAGGAACUUUUUUUCAUGUCCGACUUCCAAAUACACACGCUCUGCGUCAAAUACCCGAGGCUAGCCAAGUAUCAAUUGGACGACGAAGUGAGGCAUUCCUCGGCGAAACUCACGUGGCUGGGGGAGCAUUUGCCAAAGAUGAAGGAGCGCGGUGAUCGUGUCCUUCUUUUCAGUCAAUUUACGGUGAUGCUGGACAUCUUGGAAGACUAUUUGGAACACGUCGGAAUCGGGUAUCUCCGCUUAGACGGCCAGACCGCUGUUAGUGAACGGCAAGAUUUGAUCGAUGAAUUUGAUGAGAACGAAGACAUUUUGGUGUUUCUGCUAUCAACCCGAGCAGGUGGUGUGGGUAUCAAUCUAACAGCUAGCAACACUGUAAUCCUGCAUGACAUGGAUUACAACCCCCACAACGAUAGGCAGGCGGAGGAUCGCGCCCAUAGAGUGGGUCAAACCAGACCUGUGAAAGUGAUCAAGUUGGUGGCAAAGAACACCAUCGAUGAAGCCAUAUUGCACCUGGCGAAUACUAAAUUAGCACUCGAUCAGCAAAUGAAAGGCGACAAAUCAGGUGGUGGUAAUAACAAAGCCGAUAUGGAAAUUCUGCUCGCAGAAAGUUUGGGACUCGCAAAGCUAGACAAUUCCUCCUCGAAAUAAUUACAUUGCUGUAGUUCAAAAUUAACACAAUGGCGGAGUAUGAGUAGUAUACGGAGCUUACACGGAUAAACGUGAUAGUCCGAUGGAUGACAGGCCGAUAUACCAUAUAUCUAUUUGACGGUACUCGAAAAGCUGAAGCUAUCCCUAAGGUAUUCUAUUGGUAUCGUAAAGCUGGUAUGGUAUCACGUUUGUUCCCGCCGUAUGAUAAACGGAUCGACAGACUUCGAUCAACUGUCGGUAUAAUGGCCUACUGUUGCCUCACGCAUAUGUUUCCGGUCUCAUCGGGUGAACAACGGUAUAAAAUCAGCGAAAUGCUGGGAUGGAUUGUAGGUAUUCAGAAAUAAAUAAAGUGAAUAUCGAAUGGCAAAUUUCCUAGAUGUAUCAGACCACUUGGGCCAC